GGGCCCCCCCCUAUCGUUGCCCCCCCCUCCACGGGCUCCACGGGCGACGCGAGCGGCGGGGACGUGUGGCUGGACGACUGGUGCGCUUCCGCGGCGUCGGAGGAGGGAGACGAUGAGGAGGACGUCGAGGAGGAGGAGGGCCCCAGCUGCUGCAUCUGCCUGGAGUCGUUGGCGGCCCCGUCCGAGUACGUCGCGGAGGGGGCCGCGGGCGCGGACGAGUCCCGCGAGGUCCUGAGGCUGAGCUGCUGCGGCAAGGCAGUGCACACGGCGUGCGCGCGGCCGAUGCAGGGCAGCACUUGCCCGCUGUGCCGCUCGGAGCACGUCCCCGCGCUCUGCAGGCUCCGGCUGCCCGAGCACCUGGCGGCGGUGGGCCGGAUGGUGGAGGAGGCGGAGCAGGCCGCCGUCGCGGUGACGCUGCCGGAGGCCCUCAGGGAUAUCGCCCCGCUGCUGCGGCACCUGAUCGUGGAGGUGCGCGAGUCGCAGUGCGCGGGCUUCGUCAGGGAGCUUGACACCCUGGAGGUCGCCUGCGCGCCGGAGGACGCCGCGGCGCACGCGGAGCUGCUGGCGCGGUCGCGCGCCGCGCGGGGGCGCUUCGAGCACAACCUGCGGAGCCUCGGCCGACGCUCCGGCGAGGUGCUCCUCCCGAAGCCCUACGUGCGCUCCACUCUGCCUGGCGGCCGCCGCUCCGGCUUUGCGGACGGCCUGCGGGGCGCGUUCGUGAAGGGGCCCGGGCGGCCACGGGGCCCGGCCGGCGGGGCCUGA